AAUAAAUUAAAAAAAAGAAAAAAACUAUUUUAAUUAUCUGAUGAGUUUGAAAGUACUGAAAAAAAUUACUCCUCUGUCAGAAAGUUUAGAUGUAGAUCUAAAUGAUGUACAUCUAAAAGAGAAGCAAAUGAAAACUGGCAAAUGUGUACUUCGGCAAAAAGAAUGGCAUGAAUAGAAUUUACAAAACAAUACUAAUGUGACUAUAAACAUUAAUUGAAACCAAACACUUUAAGGGCGAUUGGAGGAUGGGAAUAAGGUAUUAGGAAGAGUUCUCAUGGAUUCCCAGGCAGGGUACCCCUGUAGGGCUGGGCAUGUAGCUGUGUCCCAUGGACCAUUUCCCCUUCUUUCUAUCCCAGGCUGGUACUUGUGGAAUCAGAGGUGUCCACCCAGCCGGGCCGAGGCUCCGGCAGAGACAGGACAGACAAGCCACUUGCUUGGCACAGUCUUGUAGGACUUUCCCGCCACGCCACUUGGGUCAGAGGCCCAUGCAGCCAGCUCCUGCUGAAAAUAACCGCGGGGGCACUUCUGCAGUGUUCCAGCCUCUAGACUACAUUUCCCAGAGGCCAUCGGGGCCAAGGUUACUUCCAGCCUAAGAUGGCCUGGGCUUACUGUCCUGUUCUCAGGGCUGGGCGUCAUUUGCAGAGGUAGGGCAGCCUGCAGGCCUCUGCUGAAGCUUCCUAAACGCGGGCUGGAAUUCUGGAAGUUCUCGGCCGCAGAUCUCUGCUUUCUCAGCACACUGCCUCACCAAGAGAAGAAUCCAGAGAAGGACUGGUAGACUUGGAAUGUGAAGUCAUGGUCCAUUUGAUGAUGUUCAGGGAUGUGGCUGUAGAUUUCUGUCAGGAGGAGUGGGAGUGCCUGGACCUGGAACAGAGAGAUUUAUAUAGAGAUGUGAUGUUGGAGAACUACAGCAACAUGGUCUCACUGGGUCUUUGCAAUUAUCAGCCAGAAGUGUUCUCUUUAUUGGAGAAAGGGAAAGAGCCCUGGAAGAUUUUGAGGGAUGAGACAAGAGGACCUUGCCCAGACAUUCAGUCCAGGUGUCACACCAAGAAGUUAUUACCAAAAAAUGGCAUUUGUGAGAGAGAAAUAGCCCAACUGGAAAUAAUGAAAAUUUGUAAAAACCACAGCCUUGAAUGUUUAUGUUUUAGAGGUGCUUGGGAAGGCAACGUUCAGUUUCAAACACUACAAGAUAAUCAAGAGGAAUGUUUCAAGCAGGUGAUACUCACCUGUGAAAAAAGGCCCACUUUUAACCAGCACAUAGCCUUUAAUCUACACCAGAGACUUAACACAGGAGACAAACUGAAUGAAUUUAAAGAAUUGGGGAAAGCCUUUAUUUCUGGCUCAGAUCAUACUCAACAUCAGUUAAUUCACACGAGUGAGAAAUUCUGUGAAGAUAAAGAAUGUGGGAAUACCUUUCUUCCUGAUUCAAAAGUUACUCGACAUCAGACAGUUCACACUGUUAAGAAAACAUAUGAAUGUAAAGAAUGUGGGAAGUCUUUUAGUUUACGUUCAAGUCUUACUGGUCAUAAGAGAAUUCAUACUGGUGAGAAACCUUUUAAAUGUAAGGAAUGUGGGAAAGCGUUUAGAUUUCAUUCACAACUUAGUGUCCAUAAGCGAAUUCAUACUGGUGAGAAAUCUUAUGAAUGUAAGGAAUGUGGGAAGGCCUUCAGUUGUGGCUCAGAUCUUACUCGACAUCAGAGAAUUCAUACUGGUGAAAAACCCUAUGAAUGUAAUGAAUGUAGAAAGGCCUUUAGUCAGCGAUCACAUCUUAUUAAACAUCAGAGAAUUCACACUGGUGAGAAACCUUAUGAAUGUAAGGAGUGUGGGAAAACUUUUACUCGUGGAUCACACCUAACUCAGCAUCAGAGAAUUCAUACAGGAGAGAAAUCUCAUGAGUGCAAGGAAUGUGGAAAAGCCUUUAUUCGUGGUUCAAAUCUUGCUCAACAUCAGAAUGUUCACGUUGGUAGGAAACCUUAUGAAUGUGAGAAAUGUGGGAAAGCCUAUAUUUGGAGCUCACACCUUGCUCGACAUCAGCGGAUUCAUACUGGCAGGAAACCUUAUGAAUGUAAGCAAUGUGGGAAGACUUUUACUUGGCCUUCAUAUCUUGCUCAACAUGAGAAAAUUCAUAACGAGAGGAAAUCCUAUGAAUGUAAGGAUUGUGGAAAGACCUUUCUUCAUGGCUCAGAGUUUAAUCGACAUCAGAAAAUUCAUACUGGUGAGAGAAACUAUGAAUGCAAGGAAUGUGGGAAGACCUUUUUUCGUGGUUCAGAACUUAAUCGACAUCAGAAAAUUCAUACUGGAAAGAGGCCAUAUGAAUGUGAAGAAUGUGGAAAAGCCUUUCUCUGGGGUUCACAACUUACUCGACAUCAGAGAGUGCACACUGGUGAGGAACCUUAUGUAUGUAAAGAAUGUGGGAAAUCUUUUAUCUGGGGUUCACAGCUUACACGACAUAAGAGAAUUCAUACUGAUGCAGAACCUUAUGGAUACAAGAAAAGUAGCCACAUCUUUAGUCACCAUUCAUAUUUUACUGAACAACAAAUUCACAAUGGUGGAAAUCUCUGUGAAUGGACAGACUAUGGGAACUCCUUUAGUCAUGAGUCAAACUUUGCUCAACACCAGAAUAUUUACACUUUUGAGAAAUCCUAUGAAUUUAAAGAUUUUGAGAAAGCAUUUUCUUCGAGCUCUCACUUCAUUUCACUCUUGUGA